AUGGCGGAGUUUGUUCGCGCCCAGAUUUUUGGCACCACUUUCGAGAUCACAAACAGAUACGCUGAUCUUCAACCCGUGGGAAUGGGCGCCUUUGGACUUGUCUGCUCAGCAAAGGAUCAAUUGACCGGGCAGGCCGUUGCCGUGAAGAAGAUCAUGAAGCCCUUUAGCACCCCCGUUCUCGCAAAGCGAACAUACAGAGAAUUAAAACUGCUCAAGCAUUUGCGACAUGAAAAUAUUAUCAGUUUGAGCGAUAUUUUCAUCUCACCCCUCGAGGAUAUAUACUUUGUUACAGAACUUCUUGGGACAGAUCUACAUAGACUGCUCACCUCACGGCCACUUGAAAAACAAUUCAUCCAAUACUUUUUGUACCAGAUCUUGCGGGGACUGAAAUACGUUCACUCCGCGGGCGUGGUCCACCGGGACCUCAAGCCAAGUAACAUUCUUAUUAAUGAGAAUUGCGACCUGAAGAUCUGCGAUUUUGGCCUUGCCCGUAUUCAAGAUCCCCAAAUGACCGGCUACGUAUCGACGCGAUACUACCGUGCGCCUGAAAUUAUGCUUACGUGGCAAAAAUAUGAUAUUGAGGUAGAUGUGUGGAGCGCUGGAUGCAUCUUUGCAGAGAUGCUGGAAGGCAAACCUCUGUUCCCGGGGAAGGACCACGUGAAUCAAUUUUCUAUUAUCACGGAGCUGCUGGGAACUCCUCCAGAUGAUGUGAUUGAAACCAUCUGUAGUGUCAACACAUUGCAGUUUGUCCAGUCCCUGCCCAAGCGGCCGCGACAGCCCCUGAGCAACAAGUUUCAGAAUGCAGACCCUCUUGCCAUCAGCCUCCUCGAGCGGAUGUUGGUUUUCGAUCCGAAGAAACGAAUCACUGCCAGCGAGUCCCUUUCACACGAAUACCUCUCCCCCUACCAUGACCCAACCGACGAGCCAGUAGCCGACGAGAAAUUCGACUGGUCUUUUAACGAUGCCGACUUACCAGUUGAUACGUGGAAGAUCAUGAUGUACUCUGAAAUUCUCGACUACCACAACGUUGAUCAGCUAAUGCAAGAUCCUAACAACCAACUGCCUCUCGAUGCUGCUGCAGGUGAUGUGGUAUCGCAUAGUAUGCCGAAUGUGCUGAAACGAGAGAAAUAA